AUCCAGUACAUGUAUUCAGUAAUCGCAGGAAUGGGUCCACGUUUAAUUGAGAGUGUGAUACUCAGCUGUGCAACACAAAUAGGUGUUAUUGUUAGUUGUGUUUGGUACAAAACAGCUCUCCGAAGAUAAGAAGCUCCAACUGAGUUACCUGUCUUCGACUGUUCGCGGAGGGUCAAGCAAUGAACGCCAAAUCUUACCCCACGGGUAAAGCUAUGGGAAGCAAGGGGGGUGGAAGUUACGCAUCCCUACCCAGCACAGGGUCGGAGAGCGAGGGUGGCGCUAGUCCUGGGGUCAGAUUACCCCCAAAGGUCAAGAAGAGGAUAAAGGCGGCAUCGGAAGGAAAGAAAAGCUCCUACAAGUCGGUGGUAUCCAGCGACACAAGUGUGUGUUCAUUAUGGACUAUGUUAAAAAUCAUAACCGUGAUCGUUGUCUUGGCAACUGUGGCGGUGCUAGGCGUUAUAUGUUACUGGCUGAUGGGUCAGGUGUAUGAGAUGAAGUCACAAUUACAACAAAUACAACAAGUGGAGUCCCGUAACCAAGGUGCUCCAGAGGAGUUUCAGAAGUACCACAGUCAGAUCCAGUCCAUCAACAGGACGGUGCAGGACAUGCGCACAGGAGCCCGCGGCAUGGACAAAAUCACAAAAAAUCUCACAACUAUAACAACCCAGUUGUCCAGUUUGAGUCAGACAACUGAUGGGCUGCGGGAGAGCCUCAAAGCAGCCCCAGAGCUGAAAGAUCUGCCAAAAAAGUUUGAUACAUUCACAAGUAGUGUUGCCAGCAUGGGCAGUGACAUCCAGGUUGCUAAGAAUGAUCUCAGUACACUCGCAGAGUUCCAGAAGUCGGCGGAGCAACAGCUUCAAGAUCUGACCAAGAGAGUGAAAGAUAUGGAGAGUAAGCCAGGCAGUGCAGUCACCGGCCCUGGUGUCCAGCCUGGAAGAGAAAAGGGAAGUGAAGCCAAUGAUCAAACACAAGCUGACACAUUGCAGAUGUUGAACCAGCUUACACAGGACAUCAACAAAUUAAACCUCAGCCUUGUGGCAAAACUUGAAGCGGUUAACAGCAGCCUUUUAACACACGAGACCAGACUGAGUUUGCUGGAGAACUUCACUAGUCAUCAGCAGCCCAGCCCCACAGCAUCACCACCAACUGUCAGCAAGAGUGAAGCAGUGAAUGCCCUUAAGAGUCUGUUGAUUCAUGGAGCGCCAAUGGACCCCUCCUCAUCUUCCUCCUCAUCAGGUGACAUGGCUGUUCUGUCUACAUUGUUGGGCAGGGUGGAAAACAACACUCUUAUGCUGACAUCACUGAGGGAUAUGUUCACUAAACUGCAGUCCGACAUGGUCAGUAUCAACGCCUCACAAGCGCUGUUCGUGUCAGAACAAGGGGGAGAGCACUCAUUGUUGCAGACAGAUACAAUGGUCAGCCUAGAGUACUUGAACUCAACAGUGCUGAAACUUACAGAGGCCAUCGAUCAGCUCUUCGUUACAUUCACAAAGAACAGGAAUGAGUUGAACAAUGCAACAGCUCAUAUUGCGGGAAUCCUCCGAUUUCUUCAUGCACAGUUCCCAUCUGCUCUGGGUCAAAGUUCACAUGCAACCAUGGAAACCACAUCUCCAACCCCAGUUUCAUCUCCUGCCUCAGUUAAAGGAAACCUGUCUACACCUGGAAAAACACCUGCAUCUGUGGAAACACCUGCAUCUGUGGAAACACCUGCACCUACAACUGUAAAGCCGACACCUGCAGUUGUAAUCAAGGGAAUCAACAACUUGACUGAUCUCUCGACAUUUUUCAAUCGCUGGGAUAAACACGGUGAUGGCAAAGUUGAUCCGGACAUCCUCCCAGACUUCCUGGGUGGAGCAGCUCCGAGUAAGGAGCAGCUAAGACCUUUCGACGCUGACAGCGACGGCAAAUACACCAUGCAGGAGUUUGCCUCAGCACUCGGUUUCAAGUCUCAAACAGACCAUACUGAUACAACAGAGGAAGAUCUGCAAAAAAUAUUCGCAUGAAAAGACCGAGGAAGAGGAUGGAAAAAGGAUUUAUUUUUAUAAACAAGGAAUAUAAUCAGUGAUCAUCAAGUGAUCAUCAAGUGGUUGUUCAGACAUAUAUUUGGAAGAAAUAUCACCAUAUUUUUAUGAACAAGAAUAUUUGACAAAAUUGCUCAUAUAAUUCCUGUUGCUAGAGAACAUCAGAGGUACUGAUAUUGUAUGAAUAUGACUUGUGUAUUAUAUAGUUGCCAUGGUUACAGGAGUUCUUUGUCAUAGUUAAGGUGUGUCUGGAUAGAUAGAAGUAACUGACAAAGAACAUAGAAUUGUUUAGUUCAUGCCUUAAGAAAUUUAAUAUUUGAAUUAUUUGGUAAUGUGAAUAAUUUUUGGUAAAGGAAGCAAAUUGUGGCAACUAAUUACAAACAAAUAAUAUUUCCCUACGUUAA